AUGAGUUCCUCCUCCAGCGAGCCUGGCCGUGGGGACCCCGCUGAGCAGUCCCCACUGGGGCUGGACACGGUGAUCCAGAGGUUGGAGGACACCAUCCUCAGCCCCAGGGCCAGCAGGGAAGAUCGGGUACUCACUGUGCGAGGGGAGGGCCGGCAGGCCUCGCCCACCCCCUUGCCUGCCCGCAUCCGUGAGAUCGUGGCCAGCAGCCUGCGUGAGGAGCCACCCCAAGGGGUGCUGGAGCCACCUGCCACUCUGGUCCACCUGCAUGAGGAAAGGGAGCUGCUGCAAGAGGAGCUGGCCCGGCUGGAGGACCUGCUGGCCCAGUCAAGCACCGAGCAGGCCGAGCUGGCCGGCAGGUACCAGGCUGUCAGCCACCGGAUGCAGGCCCGCCUGGAGGCCACCCAGGCUCGGCUGCGGAGGUCAGAGCUGGAGCACAGUGUGGACCUGGAGGAGGCUCUUGGCCGUCUGGAGGCCGCAGAGCAGAGAGUCCCUCGGACCCAGCGGAUGGGCCCUGGGCAGCCAGGGGAUCUCCUCCUCCUGUGGAGACAGGCCUCAGAGCUCAAGGGACACGUGGCCCAGGUGCGGGUGGCCACGGAGAGGGCUCUGGCGGACAUGCAGGCCAAGGCCGCCUGGACAGCCCGGCGUCUGCACGCAGCCUGCCGCAGCCUCGACUCCAACCUGCGACUGGCAGCCAGCAGCCCAACCACCCUGGAGCAGCGGCUGCGGGACCAGGUCAGGGAGACGCUGCAGCUGCAGGGCCGCUGGGAUGCGGAGAAGGCGGAGCUGCAGGCCAGACUCUCGGAGCAGACGCUGCUGGUGGACAAGCUCACACAGCGGAAUGGGUCACGGGAAAGGACCGUGGACUCCCGCAGGACCGAUGGCCAGAGACCGGAGUCCCAGCGCGACAGGGACGGGGGCCGGCUGGCCAUGGACACCCUGAGGGACGAGGUGGGAUCCCUGCAGCGGGUGCUGGCCAGCAUCACAGAGGUGGCUCUGGGGGACUCCGGGAGCCUGGAGCUGGCAUGGGGCAGCAGCACUGAUGGCCAGGAGGCGCGGAGCCAGCUGAGGAGCCCCCCACGUGCCACGUCCCCCCGCCAGGCUGUGUCCUCCCCACGGGCCCACUCCCCAGCCCACCUGGACCCAGCACUGCGGGCCGUGCAGACAGCCAUUGAGAGACGGAGGCAUCGGGAGCAGGAGCUGCGUCUGCAGCUACAGUCCUCCCGGGAGGCCACGGCCGGACUCCAGGAGCAGCUGUCCACGUGCCAGCAGGAGCUUCGGGCCUCGCAGAGGCUCCUGCAGAGCAGGACUCAGGAACACGAGGCCCUCCUGGCCAGGCUGGAGGCCCAGAGGCGUGAGGCCAGGCGCUGCCAGAGGACUGCGGAGCUCUUGGGAAGGGAAAAGGUGGCCUUGGAGACGGUGGUGGAGGAGCUGAGGGCGAGGGCGGAGCAGGACAGGCAGAGCACGCGGGAGCUGGAGGCCAGGUGGGCAGAGAGGACCGGCUCUGGGCUGCUAGCGGUAGCCCUGCCUGUGGUCUCCUGGGCAUCCCCACUGACCCUGAGGCCACCUCACGCCUUGCCCCCUGACCUCAGACAGAGGCGCCUGCAGCAGCUGGAGGAGAAGGUCUCUGGGCUCAGGAGGGAGCUGGCCGAGGCCCGGGAGGCCCUGAGUGCCGCGCAGCUGCAGCGGGACCUCGUGGAGAGCGAAAGGGAGGGCCUGCGCGGUGCCCUGGCCCGGGCUGAGUCCAGCCACGCUGACCUGGAACUGCUUGUGACGCGGCUGAAGUCGGAGGGGGUGGAGCAGCGGGACUCCCUGGCCGCGAUGGCGGCCCUGAUGGAGGGGCUGGCCCGGGACAAGGGCUCCCUGAGCCACGUGGUGCUCCAGCUGGAGCAGGAGCGCGACCAGCUGCGGGAGCAGCGGAAGGCCCUGGAGCAGCGGCAGGAGGCUGCCCAGGAGCAGCUGGGGCAGCUGGGGCAGCAGCUGGCCUGCACCCGGGCAGAGCGCAGCGGCCUGCAGGAGGCCUGCGGGCGCCUGGAGCAGCGGCAGGAGCAGCUGGAGGGGCAGGUGACCCUGCUCGGGCGUGAGAGGGCCCAGCUCCAGGAGCAGGUGGGCCAGGUCACAUGCAGAAAAGAGGCCCUGGAGAAGCAGCUAGCACAAAGCCUGCAGGACCAGGACACCCAGAUGGACACUCUGCAGCAAGCCCUGAAGGCGAAGGCUGCUCUGACUGAGGAGCGAGUCCAGCUGCUGGCCAAGCAGGAGGCCCUGGAGAGGCAGGGGCAGCUGUCAGCUGAGGAAGCAUCUGACCUCAGGCUGGAGAGGGACUCUCUGGAGAGCAGCCUCUUUGAAGCCCAGCAACGGGCCAAGCAGCUGCAGGUCCAGCAGGAACAGCUGGAGGGAGAGGCCCAGAGUGCCCGGCUGGAGCAGCAGGCCUUACAAGUGGAAAUGGACAGACUGAACAGGGACUGGACGGUCCAGGAGGCAAAGCUGCAACGGGAGGUAGGGCGGCUGCAGUGGCGGGUGACGCAGCAGGAGCAGGACCUGCAGCUGGCCCUGGAGAGACAGGCACUGGCCCACCAAGAGGACCUGGCACGGCUCCAGAGGGAGAAGGAGGCCCUCGUUCUCUCCCUGGCAGAGGAGAAGAAGUUGGCUGUUCACAGGCUGCAGCAGGAGAGGGAGCUACUGGCAACGAGUGCGGCCACCAGGGAGACCCUGGAGCAGGAAGUGCAGACCCUGGAGCAGGAAGUGCAGACCCUGGAGCAGGAGCAGCAGGAGAGCCUCCGCCAGAUGCAGAAGGCCCUGUCUCUAAAGGAAGCAGAGAGCAGCCUGCUGAAGGAGAAGCUGUCCAGGGCCACGCGGGACCUGGAGCGCGCGCAGCAGGAGGCCCGGGGGCAGCAGGCACGAGCCGAGGCCACCCUCAGCACCAGGACAGAGGAGCUACAGGCCCUUCAGGCCCAGUUUGAGGAGGCCAUCUCCUCCCACCAGACACAGGCCGCAGCUCUGAGCCAGAGUCUCCGGGAGAUGGCAGCCGGGAGGAGCAGUGCCCAGAGAGAGGCUGAGAGGCUGCGGGCACAGCUGAAGGUGGCCCAGGAGGAGCUGGUCAGCCUGCGCCAGGAGCGACGGGGCUGGGCGGAGAGCCGAGAGGGUCUGCACAGGGAGGUCCUGGAGGCCCGCCGGGCGCUGCGUGACGAGGCCCUCGAGAAGAGUGUGCUGCAGGGCUCCAACGCCGAGCUGCGGGCCGCCGUCCGCAGGGCCGCGCAGGAGGAGGCCAGUUUUAAGCGGUCCCAGGAGGAGCAGGAGCAGAAGCUGCUGGGGCUGGAGGAGGCCUGGGCAGCUGCUCAUCAGGAGGCCGGGGUGCUGCGGGCCAGGCUGCAGGAGCUGGAGCAGGCCUGGGGGGACACCCGCCGGGAGCUGCAGGAGAGCCGCAGGCAGGUGAGAAUGCUGGAAGGUGAGAAUCGGAGGAAGAGCCAGGAGGUGCGCGAGCUGCAGGCCCGGGGUGCACAGGACGCCCAGCGUCAGCAGCAGAGCCGGCAGGAGGCACUGGGGCUACAGAGGCAGGUGACAGAGGCCGAGGCCACCCUCCAGCAGACCCGGAAGGAGGUGCUGGGCCUGCAGCAGCAGCUGGCGGAGACAGAGGCCUCAGGGAAGGCCCGGGCACAGCAGCUGGAAGGACACCUGCACGAGAGCCAGGAGACUGAGCAGGCCCUGCGGGCCGAGGUGCACCGCGUCACCAGGAGGCUGCGGCAGGCCCGCUCCCUGGCUGACAGUCUUCAGGCUCGCCUGGACAGUGCCCAUGGCCGGGUCCUUGACGUAGAGCAGGAGCUUGCCCAAGCCAAGGGUGCCAGGCGGGACGCGGAGGCCCAGCUGGACGGGCUGUGCUCCACACUUCGCCGUGGCCUGGGGCUCCAGGGUCGGAGCCCCUCCGCCUCCCCAGAACGACCUGGUUCUCCCAUGAAAGGUUCCAACAGCUCCCAGGCUCCACCUGAGUGGUACAGAGCCAGCUCCCCCACCAGGGCCCAUUCACCACCCCGGUGGCACCCACCUGCACCUGGAGACUGCGACUCAGAGGUCAUUGAUGUGGCCUCUGUGCAGGACGCACUGGGGGACCUUAUGCAGAAACUUCAAGAUGCCCAGCGGGAGCGGGAUGAGGCCCAUGUCCAGGUGCAGAGCAUGAGCAGCCGGCGGCACAGGGUGGAGAGCGAACUUGCCCAAGCCCAGAGCCACCUGGGGCAGCUGCAGAGGGCCCUGGCAGAGGCAGAGGAAGGUCGGCACCGGGCAGAAGGUGCUCUGAGCAGCACCCGGGCAGCAGGGGCCCUGCAGAAGGAGGCGCUCCGGAGGCUGGAGACCGAGCACCUGUCCAGCUUGCGGGCGGCCAGCCAGGAGAGGCGGCGGCUACAGGAGCAAGUGGCCACACUGCAGCAGGCCUUGGGGGGAAGCAGGAAGGGCCUGGAAGAGAAGGGGAGGCUGCUGGAGGCGCAGCUGGCUGGUCUGGGAAGCAGGUGCCAGGAGGGAUCCCUGGAGCCCCUGCGACAGGUGCUCCGGAGGCGGCAGCGCGGGAGGCAGGCGGCACGGCGUGCGGAGCGGCGCGCCCUGCGGGAGCAGACCACAGCGCUGCGCACCGAGCGGGCCCGCCUGCAGGGGGAGCUCGCGGCGCUGCGCGCGCGCCGGGCGCAGACCGUGUGGGAGACACUGAGGAGGGAGAGGGACGUGGCGAGGCUGGGGGCUGAGAAGCAGAGGCUGCAGCAGUCCCUGCUCAGCCUGCACCAGGAGCUAGACUGGACCCUAAGGCAGAACCAGCAGCAGGUGGCCACCCUGAGGGAGCAGCUGGACCAGGAAGCACAGCGACCACCACACACCCACCUCAGCCAGGCCUUGCUGGUCAGGCAGUGA